AUGAACCACUCGCCACUCAAGACCGCGCUGGCGUACGAAUGCUUCCAGGACCAGGACAACUCCACGCUGGCUUUGCCCUCCGAUCAAAAGAUGAAGACCGGCACGUCGGGCAGGCAGCGUGUGCAGGAGCAGGUGAUGAUGACUGUCAAACGACAGAAGUCCAAGUCUUCGCAGUCGUCCACCCUGAGCCACUCCAACAGAGGUUCCAUGUAUGACGGGCUGGCCGACAACUACAACAACUAUGGGACCACAAGCAGAAGCAGCUACUUCUCCAAGUUCCAGGCGGGGAACGGCUCAUGGGGAUAUCCGAUCUACAAUGGGACCCUCAAGCGGGAGUCUGACAACAGGCGCUUCAGCUCCUACAGCCAGAUGGAGAACUGGAGCCGGAACUAUCCCCGCGGAAGCUGUGCCACCACAGGCGCUGGCAGCGACAUCUGCUUCAUGCAAAAAAUCAAGGCGAGCCGCAGUGAGCCCGACCUCUACUGUGACCCGAGGGGCACUCUGCGCAAGGGCACGCUGGGCAGCAAGGGCCACAAGACCACCCAGAACCGCUACAGCUUUUACAGCACCUGCAGCGGUCAGAAGGCCGUCAAGAAGUGUCCCGUGCGACCGCCCUCCUGCACCUCCAAGCAGGACCCGGUGUAUGUGCCGCCUAUCUCCUGCAACAAGGACCUGUCCUUUGGCCACUCAAGGGCCAGUUCCAAAAUCUGCAGUGAAGACAUUGAGUGCAGUGGGCUGACCAUCCCCAAGGCUGUGCAGUACCUGAGCUCCCAGGAUGAGAAGUACCAGGCCAUCGGGGCCUAUUACAUCCAGCAUACCUGUUUCCAGGAUGAAUCUGCCAAGCAACAGGUCUUUCAGCUGCAGGGCAUCUGCAAGUUGGUGGACCUCCUCCGCAGCCCUAAUCAGAACGUCCAGCAGGCUGCUGCUGGGGCCCUGCGCAACCUGGUGUUCAGGAGCGCCAGCAACAAGCUGGAGACCAGGAGGCAGAAUGGGAUCCGUGAGGCUGUCAACCUCCUGAGGAGAAGCGGGAGCACGGAGAUCCAGAAACAGCUGACCGGGCUACUCUGGAAUCUGUCCUCCACUGACGAGCUGAAGGAGGAGCUGGUGGCCGAUGCCCUCCCUGUUCUGACUGACCGAGUCAUCAUUCCGUUCUCCGGCUGGUGUGAUGGCAACAGCAACAUGUCCCGGGACGUGGUGGACCCCGAGGUCUUCUUCAACGCCACGGGCUGCUUGAGGAACCUGAGCUCUGCUGAUGCUGGCCGCCAGACCAUGCGGAACUACUCUGGGCUCAUUGACUCCCUCAUGGCUUAUGUCCAGAACUGUGUGGCUGCCAGCCGCUGCGAUGACAAGUCCGUGGAGAACUGCAUGUGUAUCCUGCAUAACCUCUCCUACCGCCUGGACGCCGAGGUGCCCACCCGCUACCGCCAACUGGAGUAUAACGCUCGCAACACCUACACUGAGAAGUCCUCCACUGGCUGCUUCAGCAACAGGGGAGACAAGAUGAUGAACAAUAACUACGACUGCCCCCUUCCCGAGGAGGAGAGCAACCCCAAGGGCAGCAGCUGGCUGUACCACUCAGAUGCCAUCCGCACCUACCUGAACCUCAUGGGCAAGAGCAAGAAGGAUGCAACCCUGGAGGCCUGUGCUGGGGCCCUGCAGAACCUGACAGCCAGCAAGGGGCUGAUGUCCAGUGGUAUGAGCCAGUUGAUUGGGCUAAAGGAAAAGGGCUUGCCACAAAUCGCCCGCCUCCUGCAAUCUGGCAAUUCAGAUGUGGUGCGGUCCGGGGCCUCUCUGCUAAGCAACAUGUCCCGCCACCCUGUGCUGCACAGAAUGAUGGGAAACCAGGUGUUUCCGGAGGUAACCAGACUCCUCACCAGCCACACUGGCAACACCAACAACUCUGAAGACAUCUUGUCCUCGGCUUGCUACACCGUGAGGAACCUGAUGACCUCGCAGCCGCAGCUGGCCAAGCAGUACUUCUCCAGCAGCAUGAUCAAUAAUGUCUUCAACCUGUGUCGCAACAGUGCCUCACCCAAGGCUGCAGAGGCUGCCCGGCUACUCCUGUCUGACAUGUGGGCCAGCAAGGAGCUGCAAGGUGUCCUCAGGCAGCAAGGUUUCGAUAGGAACACGUUGGGAACCAUAGCUGGGGCCAACAGCCUCAGAAACUUCACCUCCCGGUUCUAAGAAGAGACUGUCCAAGCAAGUUCACCUUGCAGGAAGACACAACCCAGCUCAGAAGACCUCAGGCCUUAAGGAUGGGUUACCUGCUUCAUCCGGUGCAGUAUUUGGAGACGUUCAG